CACCAUGCUUCCAACCAGAAGGAAUGGAGGGCGAUCCAGACCUGCAGUUCCUCCUGCAAGGYGGAGACCUCCUCAAGGUCCUGUCCCCGUCCUGGAAGAAGACCCGUUUUCUCAAGCUGCAGGAGGACUGCAAGACCAUAUGGCGUGAAUCCAAGAAAACCUUCAAGUCGAACCAGACCUUUCCAGUUGACAGCAUCGCAGCAGUUCGACUUGGCCGCCAGUCGGAGGGUUUGAAGAAGAACACAGAAGAGCAGGUGGAGGGCCGCUCCUUCACCAUCGUGUUUAAGGGUCGCCGAAAGAACCUGGACCUCAUAGCUAGCUCGGAGGAGGAGGCCGGGAGCUGGGUGAGAGGUUUGGAAAAACUCGUCUCCAGCCUAAACAACCUCUCUGCCAAUCAGGCUAAAGAUCACUGGAUCUUCAGCUGCCUGAGGAAAGCAGACAAGAACCUAGACAGUAAACUGAGUCAGCAAGAGAUGAAGAACUUCCUCCAGCUGCUCAACAUUGGGCUGGAUGAUGACUACGCAGAGAUGCUCUUCAAGAAAUGCGACAAAUCAGAAUCUGGAUACCUYGCCGGAGCGGAGAUUGAGCAUUUUUACAAUCUGCUGACCCAUCGGGAGGAGAUCGACGUCAUCUACGGRGAGUACGCCAAAACCACGGGCUUCAUGAACGCCGGAAAUCUGUUGGAAUUCCUGAUGAAGGAGCAGAGGGAGAAGGUGACGUUAGCCGACGCCCAGAAGAUCAUUGAGAAGCACGAGCCAGACGAACAGGCCAAAGGGAAAAGUCUGCUKUCCAAAGACGGCUUCCUCAUGUACCUCCACGAUCCAGAGGCCAUGGUCUUCAAUCUSGACCAUAAGCAGGUGUACCAGGAYAUGCAGCAGCCCCUCAACCAUUACUUCAUCUCCUCCUCACACAACACGUACCUCAYGGAGGAUCAGCUGAAAGGACCCAGCAGCACCGAGGCCUAUGUCAGAGCUCUGCUGAAGGGCUGCCGCUGCGUGGAGCUGGAUUGCUGGGAUGGAUCAGACAACGAGCCGGUGAUCUACCACGGUUACACGUUAACCUCAAAGAUCCUCUUCAAAGACGCRAUCAAAGCCAUCAAGGAGUAUGCUUUCAAGAAAUCUGACUACCCAGUAAUUCUCUCCUUGGAGAACCAUUGUAGUGUGGAGCAGCAGUCCGUCAUGGCCCAACACAUGAGCUCCAUCCUGGGGAGCGCGCUCGUCACCACUCCCCUGGGCGACGGCAUGCCCACAAACUUCCCAUCGCCUGAGGAGCUGAAAGGGAAAUUCCUGAUCAAAGGAAAGAGAUUAAACAAACUCGAGGCCAGCUUCGCUGAAGCCGCAGAGGAGGCCGACAACACCGAUGUGACGGAAGAAGAAGAGUCGAGUAACGAGGCAGACGACGAACCAGCGGAGAAGACGAGCCAGAAAAAGCUGACGCUAGCCAAAGAGCUGUCCGACAUGGUCAUCUACUGCAAGAGCGUCCACUUCAACGGCUUCGAAGACGCCAGGAAGAACCAGAGCUUUUACGAGAUGGCGUCGUUUAAAGAGGGGAAAGCCAUGAAACUGGCAGAGGAGUCGGCAAAUGCCUACAUCCGCCACAACAUGGAGAAAYUGAGCCGCAUUUAUCCCGCAGGCUCCAGGACCGACUCUUCAAACUACAACCCAGUACCACUGUGGAACGCAGGCUGCCAAAUUGUCGCCCUGAACUUCCAGACUGCCUGCACAGAGUUGGACAUAAACCAGGGCAGAUUCCUGGUCAACGGCAUGGCCGGCUACGUUCUCAAACCGGCCUACAUGAGGGAUGCUGCCACCGAGUUCGACCCCAUCACCCUGACCCGAGGAGACUGGCUGCAGCACAAGACGCUGCAUGUCAUGGUUAUAUCAGGUCAGCAGCUCCCCAAAGUCAACCAGAAGGAAUCCUCCAUYGUGGACCCGCUGGUUAAAGUGCAGAUCUACGGAGUGCCGGCUGAUGUUGCAGAGAAAGAGACCAGUGCUGUUGCGAACAAUGGUUUCAACCCAAGUUGGAAUGAGAACUUCCAGUUUGACGUGUAUGUGCCAGAGCUGGCGCUGGUUCGCUUUCUCAUAGAGGACCACGACUCGAUGUCUGACAACGAGUUCAUCGGACAGUACACACUUCCGUUCAACAGCCUCAAAAUGGGAUACAGACACGUGCCUCUGCUCAACAGGAAUGGAGACAAGCUCCCGUCAGCCGGACUCUUUGUGCACGUCAUGGUCGUGGAUGCUAAAUGAAACACCAGACUGUGUCUCCCCCGCCUGCGCCACUGCAACAAACCUGAACCUUGUUCACACAGCAACCAUGUUUUUAGAUUUUUAUUUUUUAUUUCUUUUAGAGGAAAGCUAACUUAUAGAUGUUAUUAUAGUAGUUUAAAAUUAGACUGCAAACGCAAUACGAGGAUUAUGGAUUCAUUGUCAAUUAUGUUGCAGACACAAUGCAAUGCAACAACUAACUCAUGUCCUCAAUUUUAAUUAGAUUUUUAAAAAUUUUUAUGUAGUUUAAAGAAAAACAUCCUGGAAACGGCAUGCUUCGUUUUCACCAAUAGAUUCAGCCAUUAAUGAUUUAGUUUUCAUGUACCAUCAUCUGACGUUUUUCCUUUUUUAUCAUCAGUAAACACUUUAAAAGUGAAACGUGUGGGUUUUUUUAAAAUUUAUUUUGCAUCAGACUGUCCAGCAGAUGAGUCUGGAUGUGCCUCAGGAGCCUCACAAGGAGAGUGGCUUUCGUCUUUCCACAGAAUAAGAUCGUUGCCAAGUGAACUUUGGGUUGACACACCCUUUGUACACAGCGUGUCAAUAAAAGACAGUAAAGGAAGUGCUACAGUAAUGUGAAGUCAAAGCUCAACGAUCUCAACAGGACAUUAAUUAGAAAAGGGGGUAAUUAUUUUUAUUGCAGUGGCUUUUGAAAAAUAAAAAUCCAACAUUAUUUUAAUUUUAUUCCAGAUCCAACACAUGGUGUUCUUGAGUUAAGUGGAUGCUUAAUUUGUUCAUUGCAAAUAUAAUCAGCUGAUGUUUCUUUCCAAUAAUAAAAAUAAUGCAGCACACUUAAACCUGCAUCUUAAAAUCCCUUUUUUUAAAGUUUGCUACUCAUUUAAGGUUAAAAUCAGCCAUAAUCACACAGUUAUGAUGUAAGCUAAUUACAAAAGACACUAAUUUUAGUGAUGUUACACACAGUAACUUAGAAAUAAUGAAGCAUCUGGUGUUGGCUGGUUGGUGUGAGGGGGGGGGGCAAAAGAAAAUCUGCAUAGGAUCCCAAAAAGGCUUGGAUUUAUUCAGUCUGCAGUGCGGUUAACAGUGUAAUAAAAGAAGUGGCAAAUACUUUUUCAGAGCUUUGUAUGAUUAAAAAAACCCAGACAUGAAAAAUUUAUAGUUUCAAUGAAGUCUUUAUUAAGAAAAAGAAAAAAAAAUGCUCAGAAUGACAAACACUGCCAAAAGUCAAAAAACCAGCGUGUUUAAAAAAAAAAAAAAAAGAAAAGUGAAGAACCUGAUCCAAAUAAAAACCACCGUGGCUUAAACUCAAGUGUUUCCGAACUUUGGUGUUAAUACAAAUUGAUCAAUGUGAUUAUAAGUGAAAAUGAUACAUGGUGAAAAAAAAAAAAAAA